GCGUCCGCAACGGGGGGUUCAUCCCAAAUCCUUAACGCUAAAGCAUAUGUUAGUUUUAAUAAAAUAAUAAUAUUUAGGCUAAUAAACGUAAGGAUUGGUCCGUCAUUAGGAGGUUUAAGGACUUGAUCCUUGUGGUACGUGGCCGAAUUUGAGUGGAUCGUUUGUUAAAGCUGGAGAUUUAUUAGUUCUUUAGAAUCAGUCUUCUUCUUCCCCUCAGCGAUCGUCGGAGAGAUAUUUUCCCGUCGAAGAAAAUGAGGAUUGACGAUAACGAAGGCGUCUCAGCUUCCAGCAAGCACCUGGUCUUCGCUUACUACGUCACUGGACACGGCUUCGGUCACGCCACCCGCGUCGUCGAGGUUGUCCGUCACUUGAUCGCGGCCGGGCACGACGUUCAUGUCGUCACCGGCGCGCCUGAUUUCGUCUUCACGUCCGAGAUUCAGUCUCCUAGGCUUAAGAUUCGAAAGGUUCUUUUGGACUGUGGAGCUGUGCAAGCUGAUGCUCUGACUGUAGAUCGUCUUGCCUCCUUAGAAAAGUAUGUGGAAACAGCUGUGGUUCCUCGAGCUGAAAUCUUGAAAACAGAAGUGGAGUGGCUUCAUUCUAUCAAAGCUGAUUUCGUGGUGUCUGAUGUUGUCCUCGUAGCGUGCCGUGCAGCGGCUGAUGCUGGCAUACGUUCUGUCUGUGUCACCAAUUUCAGGUGACGUUUAUUAAUAUCCUACUUUCAGUUUUGGUGUGUCUUGUUUGGCCUCCUGAAGUCUUGAGCGUGUUGUAGUCCACGUUCACAACCUAGCUUUUGUUAUCAAGUGUUCAACUCCCCUGUUUUAGAAGAAAAUGUUUAUAGUGAAAAUAUAGUUACAAAUUGAUUUUCUCCGAUGAUCGAAUUGAAUAGUGCAAAUUGGUUUCACGCUCAGCUUGAUCCUUGAAGUUAGACUUUCCAUUGAUUCAUGAUUGACCAAAAAUUUGAUGCUGAAUGGUUGAGCUAGGAUUCAAUGUAGGUGACACCAUUGCACACAUCAUUUUUAAUUACAAUCCUUAACUAUUCAAAAAGUAAAAAAAAAAAAAAAAUUAAUAUUCUAAUCCUAAGGACUCGACCUCCCAGCCUCACUGUUGCGCAUGCUCUUACUAUCUUUCAAUGCGAUUCUGCGUAAAAGCCCAUUAACCACUUCCACAAUGUUCUUGAUGAAGUCCAACUCUGGAAUCGAACUGCAAAACAUAAAGUGUAAAGAAAAGAUAAAUACUCUUUAAGCUUCUAAUCAUACCUAUUUUCUCUAUAAGACAAUCCAAUUGUUUCAGCCACAAACUUCAAAGCUUUCUUCCAUCUCAAGACCCUAAGACGUGGAUGCUUCUUCUGCAAGUUUGGGAACGGUUUGCCAAAAUCUCCGGUCUGUUUCUCAACGUGGGAAGUCUUGACCUUAUAAAAGACGGGUAUCACGAAGUCAAGUUGCUUCCUCAACAAGCAAUUCCUUAUCUCAGCGAGCUCGUCCAAGCACCACCGUGACUCCAAGUAACUGAUGGAAAAGAUGACGAUCACGUACGAUCCGAGAGUUUUUGAUAUGGUUAAAGAGAUCCUUUAACCGUUCUCCCGUUGCAUUGCUGUCCGUGAACACAUUGACGUUGCUAUCUUUCAGAUGAUGUUUGAUAUGUGGCACUAGUGUCAGCCGCAGGUCUUUCCCUCGGUAACUGAUGAACACUUAAGACCUAUUCUUCAUCUCAGACAACAGUUUUGGAUCUCUUUUUUCUUGAGGGUGAUUUGAGGAAAGUCAACCAAACAAUCUAGAAACUGAUUAAGCUCGUUGUUACUUAAUUAGCAAACUUUUAAUUGUAGAAGUUGAAAAAUCACCAGGUCAUCACUAGCUAGGAAGCAUCAUUUGCAUGAUUUUUGUAUUUUUUAGAAAAAUAUGUUAUCGAGUAGUUGACCAAACCUAAAUAAAAAAAAUGUGACACAUUGUACAUGCAUAUAAAAUAAGCUUAUCGUAUUGAAUUUGAAAACAUCAGGAAAUGUUAUGAUAUGAUAAAUCUUUGGGAGUGUAAGUGAAGUGAUGGUCAGGGCCUUGUCACGAUUUAGCCAGGCCCAUCAUUUAAAAUGUUUAUCCAACUAACUUAUUGAAAAUGAAAACAUCUCCCAAAUCAAAACUUAUCUCAAGUCAUCAUAAAUCUAAUCGUUGCUUAAUUAGUUAACAUUCUACUCACACCUUUGCUUUUGGAUUGAGACAGCAGAUAUUAUCCAAAGCCAAAGAGCGCACAUCUCAUAACACUUGUAAAACACAUGCAGCCAAUAAAAUUGCACAUUAAACCCUUUUCAGUCUGCCGUUAGUCUUUGACUACAUCUGAACUGGAUAACAGAGUAUAAACUAAUCUGAUUGUUUUUAUUAGUUCUGCUGUUUCUCCUUCAUCCAUUAAAUCCCUCUUUAAAUUCUAAAAGAACGCGUUUUAAUAUUUUCCCUUUUUUGUUAUAUCGAACGCGUUUUAAUUCAUUUUCGUGGUUGUCAUGUGACUGCGAAACAAAAUAACAAUAAUUAGAAUGAAGCUUAUUUGUCGCUUUUGAAUUUCGAUUGGUAAAAUGCUUUUGUGACAAUCAUACGAUUGUAUUGGUUGGGAAAUAUGCAGUUUCGUUCUCUAUUCAUGUAUUUAGAAAUGAAGUUAUGAUAUUGAUUGGGACUGUACGCGUCAUUUGUGGAAAGUUUAUAUCAAUGAUCACUUUAUACCGCCAUGUGAAUUGCUCAUAAGCGGUAAUUCUAGGGAAAAAGUAUAAAGAAUUAAAGUGAUGCAAAAAGUAGUAAGUGGUUUUGUUCUUUUCCAACCGUCAUUAACGGUUAGUUUCACCGACCAAAGUAAAUGACACUUCAAAUUAUUGCGAAGGACCAAGGUCUCUGAAUAAAAUAUUUUAUGCGCUCAUGAACACUGAAACUUUUUUGUG